AUUUACGCACGUUCACGCACCGUUUCAAUUUCCUUGCAAAAUACGAAUGCCGAACAGUCUGAUUAAAAGCGUAGGUGUGUAUAGAAGGAACAUAGCAUAACGAAGAAUAAGUGAUUUCAUUCAUUCAAUUUUUCAUUGAGAGUUCACUGGCAUAUACAUCAAUUCAUGUUUAAAAGCAUCUUAGGAAUAAGAAAGUAGCUGAUUCAUAUUUUACGCGUUCAAUAAGCCUCAUUUCGCUAGGCGUAAUAUCGUAGUUUGGUUAGCGCAGCAAACGUAAUAUUGAACUUCGUGAGAAAAAAGAUUAAUCAGCGUUCAUACAAACGAUUGGUGGCGUGGACGAUAAAUAGAAAGAAACGUGAAGAGCGCGCGAAAAAUGGAGGAAAGUCAUCACGAUCAACAUCAUGUUCAUUUCGAUGCGACAGUGAUCAAUGACGAACUUCACGAUAAUACCAUUAUCUAUCAAGUAGCACCCGGUGGUCGGUCGCUCAUGAUUCAUCUAGGAUUUUUACAGAUAAAACAUAGAUAUCGCAUUGAACUGAACAUUCCUGCGUAUGCCCUUAUAGAGGCAGGCCUGAAGAUUGGGACAAACUCCAGCUAUGAAGUCGACGAGUCUAUGCCGCUGAACGUCAACUGCAGAUUGCUAGAAUUCCCAACUACACCAAUUGAAAAGGACGACAAAAGCUAUUACUGUGCCAAAAUUGAAUUUUUCCCACAUAAGGAGAAGCUUCUAAGAGAACAUAUUUCGGUUUGUGGGAAGGAGGAUCCCUGCGUUAAAAUUCAUUUGGUGUUCGUAGCACGUGUCCUAGGGCGUGGUAAAGGAACGCCUAUGUUACGGGAUGGAAUCCAUUUAAUUGGUGUGGAAGAUGACGAAGAGUCCGAACUUUCCGAUUGGCAAGGAUUUCCAACGAAGAGUGAACAGUAAAUAGCUAUCAAUAUUUUUAGUGUAGGAGUUUUCCAAUUAAGCUGAACAUUUUUCUGUCUGUUACUGCCAAGCUGAACCUUUCGCAUUUUCCAAUAAAACGGUUUCUUCAA